AGCCGUUUUGCAGCUUCUCGAGGUCGCUGCGGCAGGGCCCUCUGCAGCGAUGGUCUGGCGAGCCGCCCGCCUCCUCCGCGCCGCGCUCCCCGUCGGCCGCUCCCUCGCCGCCGCGCGGCCGGAACCGCGCCCGACGGGGCUGGCCCCGUGGCGGCUUCUGCAGGAUGCGCCGUGCCGCUCCUUCAGCUCCUCGGAGCCGUCGCCGCUGGAGGCCAGGCGAAAGAAGAUGCUGUGGAGGGCGAAGAGCCGCGGCUGGCUCGAGAUCGACGUCCUGAUGGGCACCUUUGCCGCCAAGCGCCUGCCCGGAUUUGACGAGCAGAAGCUGGACCUGUUCGAGGAGGUGCUCGAGCUGGAGAACCCCGACCUCUUCAAGUGGUUCACGGGCCAGACUCCCGUUCCCAGCGAGCUGCUGGACAGCAACCCCGUCAUGGCCGAGAUGAUGGAGUUCGUUAAGCAGGACCACAAGACAGGGCUCAACGACCGGGGCAUGUGAGCGCCGCCCGCCGGGCGACCUCCCCCCCUCCCCGAUGGUCCCCUGGGCCGCGGCGCCUCCUCUCGUUCGGAAGCUCCCAUGAGCUGCCGCCGAACUCUCGCCGCACCAGUGCCCGACAGGGCCCGGCCCCCCCCGCUCCCUUUUGAUUUUCUCGCCGCCGGCCGCGGCGGCGGCGCGCGUCCGGGCCGCCAAGAGAGAGGACCGCAGCUGCCCCGCCGCCUCCCCGCGGGCUGCCGCCCCGUCGGCGUCGGCGUCGUCCCCAGAGGCUCGUCGCCGUCGGUUGCGCGAGCUGUAGAGGGGCGGAGGUCAAUGCAAGCGUUACGUCGGGCCUGCUCCUCUACAGGAGGAACAUCCA